AUGUCGCGUCGGCCGCCUCGGGAUACGCUGAAUUUGCUUCGAUUAAUUGGUGUCAUACGUGGCUUGCAUAACGUCGCGCGUGCACUUCGGGCGCUGGCGGCGGGAACGAAGCGGGUACAGUCGGGCACAAUGCGGCCCCUACGCAGCGCGUUUUUGUCCGGGACGAUACGCGGCGUGUGCGGGCGUUCGCUCACCCCGCAGCCGAGAGUCUGCGACCUUUGGAGUUCACGGGCGUCGUCCGACAUCGCCAGACAUUCGUGCCCGAUGGCCGGUCCCUCGCACCUGCCGGAAAAACCGGACACGAUAAAUUACCGGCAAAACAAAACGGCCCCAACCAUUCACAGGAUAGGGGAGAGUUCCUCCCGUGGCGGUCCCGGUGGCCUAUUGCCCGACAAUGUUCUGGCUAGCCCACUGGUUCUGCGCUCGAUGAAGCUUAAG